AAUGAUAUAAGGAAUGUUUGGAGAUUUGGAAUUAGCAAGUGUUUAAAUAUCUGAACUCAAAAAGUAACAAUAACUUAGCAUCAACUAACCUAUAAAAUAAUAAUCUAGAUAAUCAUAAAUAUUUUAACAAAAUAUUUUUCAAAUUGAAAUUCAAAGACCAAAUUUUGACUCCAUACAACUCAAUCAUCCAUUAUUAUCAAUGGAUUUACAUGAUAUUCUUAAUUCUAAAUUGUAAUUUUUAUUCAUUUAAAUUAGUUUUGAGAGUAAUGUUUAAACAUUUAGUAAAAUACUUAAUAAAAAUCAAUAAUAUUUGAAUGAAUACUCAAUUUAAUAAGACUAUUAAGUAGCAGUAGAAAAUAGAGUAGAUCAAAAAUAAAUUGUAUCGAUAAAUGCACAAAUUAAAAGUAAUAAGCACAACAUGAUAUCUCAAAAAGAUUAAUUUAGACAGACUAAUAUUACUAAUUUGAACCAAGAAAAAAUCAUAUCUGAAUACUAAAAGCAAAAUUCCUCUUGUUAUCCAUUUCUUAACCCUAAAAUAAACUAAGAUUCUUAGAAGUAAAUAAUAUUAGAAAUUAAAAUAGCAAUACAUUAAAUAUAAAUGAAAUUAUUAAUUUUUUCAAACAAAACAAUUAUUAGGUCGAUGCCUCAACAAUAUAAUUUUAUAUAGAUGCAUAUGAAACUAAAGAUCCUCUUAAACUAUUAGAAUUGUAUAAAGCAAAUAAGAGUAGAUGAC